AUGACAGGCCCAUCGACGACAAAACUUGGCCAGGAUGGCGGGGCUGGAUCUGAGCCCUAUCUCCAUCUCAGUAAAUCGCUGCGCUUCUCCAAUCUAGAUGAGUUUCAGUACUGGCACCAGCAUGGACCCAUGUUGGGAAAGUUACUAUGCGACGGCAACUACAGCGUGCACCAACAAUAUGAGUAUCUCUGCCUCUUUGCCCGUUUAAUCGUCCCUUCGUUGGGUCCCUUCCCUAGCCCUGGCCGCGAGGUCUUUCAAUGCAUCUUAGGCAGCAUUGGACCUUUCGAAUUGAGCCAGAACUUCACCAAGACCCGUUCGACUACGCGCAUCGCCUACGAGCCGACCAGCCACAGGGCCACGACAGGUCAAGAUCCGUUUAACCGUGCCCUGUUACCCAGCGCUCUACACGACCUAAAGGCCACCGCCGCCGCGAUCAACUUAGACCUACACCAUGCCCUCCUCCCGCGUCUGACACUCAGUGAUAGCGAUGUGGCACGGCUUCCCCAAUCUCAGACUGCGGAGCUACCCUUUAAAACGCAGACGAUUCUCGCGCUGGACCUGGAUCCAGCCGGCAUCUCCGUCAAGGAGUACUUCUACCCAACGCUCAAAGCCCAAGUCACUGCCCAGUCCCCCACGCAGCUGUGCAUAGAUGCCAUCCGCACCAUCGACUCCGAGCAGCUCUUUGCGCAGGGGUGCGACGCCCUCCAGGAGUACCUACAACAACCAGGACAAAAGACGGAGAUCUUUCUUGUGUCCUGCGACCUGGUCGACCCGCAUCGCACGCGGCUGAAAUUCUACCUGGCUGAGUUCGACGUGCGCUUCGACCGUCUCGUCGAGCACUGGACAAUGGGCGGCCAGCUGAACAAGGAGGACCCGGAUAUCACUGAGGGCCUGGCGAUGCUCGACGAGCUCUGGCGCGCUCUGGAGAUUGUGGAGGGCCCUCGCGCCUACCCCAAGCGGCCCUCACAGCCCGGGGAUCCUCCCACGUACUUGCCUUUGAUGCUCAAUUACGAGAUCCAUCCCGGCCGUCGCGCACCGAUCCCGAAAUUCUACUUCCCCGUCUCCGGGAUUCCGGAUACCAAGGUCGCAGCUGUGCUGACGGAUUUCUUUGAACGUCAUGACAUGCCAGAUCAGGCUGCUGUCUAUGCUGCGAACUUGCAGAACUACUUUGCAGGCGAGAAUCUGGAAGAGACCACGCAUCACCAGGCGUGGUUGUCUUUCUCGUACGCCAAGAGCAAGGGCCCGUAUCUGACUGUGUACUACCAUUGA